AUGGAGGGCAGCCUGCCACCCUUGUCCUGGAAUGACUGGCUUGCUCCUGGGUCAGGGGAAAGGCUGGAGGGGGCACUGUUGUGGCAACCUCUGGAUGCUCUGGAGAAACACUGUCACUCCCUGGGACCAGUCAAUGGAACAGAAAAUAAGUCCAACUGGUCUCGGUUGAGACAGUUUCUGUGUAAGCCACUUGACAACACCAUUACAGAGAAGUCCAGCUGUGGAGUGUGUCCUCAGAACUGGAGCCUUCAUGAGAACAAAUGCUACUGGAUCUCCAAAGAAAGGCAAACCUGGAAUAAGAGCAAGGAAGAUUGCACAGUGAAACACUCUCAGUUGCUCGUGAUACAGAAUCAGGAAGAAGUGGCCUUCAUACAAAGUAUUGCAGAAGGGGCACAACUGCUGUGGAUUGGACUAAAGGCUACAUUUCCUGAAAGAAAAUGGACCUGGUUGGACGGCUCUCCCUUUAAUGAUAAAUUAUUUCAGGAACUAGGUCCAGUUGAAGAAAACUUCUGUGGGAGACUGAAUGGGAACCAAAUAAUUUCUGAAGAAUGCAAUACAAUAACCACAUGGGUCUGCGAGACAGCAGCUCUCCUAAUAUGAAUGACCAGAAGGCUUCCAGCAUCGCUGAGCAGCAACUGGCUAAUCAUGUUUGAUCACCAUUGGAAAUGUCCACCAACAAAGUCCCCGUGAUUCCAAUGUA